AUGGAUGACUGGAAAACUUGGCUUAUCAUCAAGAAUAUUCUUCCCUGUAUCACCAUGGUGGAAAAUCAUCAGGAGCCCAGAAAGCUCCAGGAAUUGGGAACCAUUAAGAGGAGACAGGAAGGAGACAACUUCCAGCUUCCAGGCAUGGCUGACGGGGGUUACCCUCAUAAAAUCAAGAGGCCUUGCCUCGAAGAUGUUACCCUUUCUAUGGGCCCAGGUGCCCAUUCUAGCACACCCUGUGCAGACCUGCAAGUUCCUCCAUUGACAAUGAACACUAGCCCUUCAGCUAUGGGAGCAGCAGGCCAUUCAUUACUACUUGAAAAUAAUCCCAUGAAUGGCAGAGUAAUAGACCAGCCAUUUAUGGUACCACCGAGUGCAGAAAUGAGACUCAAAGGGCCCACCAUUCCUUACUACGACAAAACCAACAGCAUGAUGGCUAUGGAGCAGGACCAGGAACUUCAAGAUCUGCUGGAAGAGCUAACAGAAAUUCAGGGCUCUUCUCCAAAUGAGCUAGAUCUUGAAAAGAUACUGGGGAGCAAGCCAGAAGAACCACUGAUCUUAGAUCACUCCCAGGCAACCCUGAGCACAACUUGCAAGCCUUCGGCUCAGAUGCCACACUUGGAGAGCUUUGAUUCCAACAAGGAGUUUGCUUCUGGUUGCAGCCAGGUCACCGGCGUGUCACUUCAAAUCCCACCCUCCUCCGCAGGGAUCAGCUAUACUAUUCCCUCUGCCAGUAAGCAGAUGGUCUCAUCCAAUUCUGCAACAACACAAGCCAAGAGCCAAGUCCAAGCAAUGCUCCCCAUGGCUUUGCCCCCACUCCCAGUGCCUCAGUGGCAUCAUGCCCACCAACUGAAGGUGUUGGCAGCCAGCAAGCAGGGAUCUUCUACAAAGCAGCCAGGGCCCACUUCUGGUUGGUCCAACCUGACUCCUCUAGGCCUCUCCCUACCUUACCGCCCAGGGCCAUCACCACACCCACCACCACCUUUCAACCCGCAGAGCCUCAUGGUAUCCUGCAUGUCAUCCAGCAACCUGCCAGGGAGUGCUCUCCAAGGAUCUUCCAAUGCCUUACUCUCAAGCAUGGUGUCCAGCAGCAGUGCUGCCCUUGUGCCCACCAUGUCCUGUGCUCCUGAGAAGCUCCCCAGCCCAGCUCUCAAUCAGCAGCCGCAGUUCAGCCCACAGAGCUCCAUUCUUGCCAACCUAGUGUCUUCAACCAUUAAAAACCCUCAAGGCCACCUGAUGUCUGCUCUGCCGACCAGCAACCCAGGGCCCUCCCCACCCUACCACCCAGAGAAGCUCUCCAGCCCAGGUUUGCCACAGCAGUCCUUCACUCCGCAGUGCUCCCUGACCCGGAGCCUCCCUCCCAGUAGUAAUCCGCUAAGUCAGCGCCAGCAGCAGCAGCAGCAACAGCAAACAAAUGCCAUCUUCAAGCCCAUGAUCACCAACUCACCCAAGACCCUGAGCAUGAUCAUGCAGCAGAGACUGGCCAACUCAAGCCCAGGAGCCCCGGAGCCUUUUACUUUUGGCAACACCAAGCCUUUGUCACAUUUUGUUUCUGAGCUGGGCUCCCAGAAGUUGGCUUCCAUGUCUGCCAACUCUAGGCAGCCUUCCCUGCUCCACUAUCUACAGCAGCCUAUGCUGACAGAGGCAUCUUCUGCCACUGCCUCCUCCAUGGCCACGGCCACCUUGCAGUUGCAGCAGCAGCAGCAGCAGCAGCAGCAGCAGCAGCCGCAGCCGCCUGACCGUUCUGCAUUCCUCCUGCAGCAGAUGAUGCAGCAGCCUCAGGGCUUUCAGCGACCAGUAGCCUCGCAGUCCAUACCUCCUCUGCCCAGACAGCAAGAGAAACAGAGAUCAGUUCUUAUGGCAAUGACCCCUGAACAGCGAAGUGCAUAUGUCACCCAACAGAUGAAUCAAUUUCAAGUCGUCCAAGAACAAGUCACCUCCAAGUGUAGCCAGACCAAGGCAAGCCCCCCAUACAGCCAGCACAUGAUGCCACCCAGAGCUGGGUUCCUUCAGAACAAUCUGAGUCCAGGAAUGAUCCCACCCAGCAGGCACCAGAGCCAUGAGGGCACGAUCUCACCAACCCUGGGCAAAAAGCAAGGAAUUUUCAACUCCAGCCCCCUGUUUCCCAUACCUUCACACGCAGGCCAGAACCCCCUGGGCAGCCUUGGCUCUGUCUGCCAGCAUACACAGAUGCCCAAGGCAUCCCCCUUAGGAGUGCUCCUGCCCAGGUUCAGCCAGCCCCUGAGUCCCCACCAGCUCAGACAGCCCUGUGUGCCAAGAAUGUCCACCAUGUUCAACAAUACCACAUGGGCAGCAGUGGCAAUGUCAACCCCAGUGGUAUCGAGGGAGCCAACCCCAAGCCAAGUGGAUAAUAGCAUCCAGCAGCAAUAUGAUAGGAACUCAGUCUUCACCAAGGUGCCCACGGGAGUCUCCCUGGUAGCCCCGGCCUGCCCACCACAGCAGGCAGCUGGGCCUCCCAGUCAGGGGACCCCAGGAAGCAGGCCUAGCCAGAUGGUGAAUGCCGUCUUAACCAACCCCAACUUCUGCCUAAGACAGAGCCCAGUGCUGGGUCCCGUGCCUGUGCUGAACACCGCCAAGUCCCUCCAGCAGGGCAAAGCCAGCUUUGGUCCCAUGAGUCCCAUCCAGGGCAUCGAGCCACCGCCAAGCUAUGUGGCUGCUGCUGCCACUGACUCUGCCGCCUCUGCCAUCGCUGCAAGCUUGUCCCCAGGGCCAUUCAACAGAAUGGGUCCCCCUUCUGAGCUGCCACCUUAUGACUUUUUGCCCCAGGCCCAGCCUCUACUAAACGAUACGAUUUCACCUCCUGACUGCAGUGAGGUGGAUUUCAUUGAAGCUCUCCUGGAAAGCCCCAGCACGAGCCCAGAUGAAGACUGGUUGUGCAACCUGAGGCUGAUCGACGACAUUUUGGAAGAGCAGCAUGCUGAUGCCCAAAAUGCCGCAGCCCAGAAUGCUGGCCUAGUCACCCAGAAUAGCCAGAAUAGCACUCCCAAUACUGAUAUCACUUUAGGGAGUGGUAUGAAUCCAUAGCAAAUUCACAACCGGCCCCAG